AGCACAGGGCGCAAGGAGCCCCUCAUCCUCCAACCCUCCUGCCCGCCUGCCUGCGGACCGCGCGCUCGCGGGUUUCAGGCGCUGGAUUUGCUCGCUUUUCAGUUUUUCCUGCCUCCCCCACCUCCGGGUUUUUUUUUUUUUUUUUUUUUUGGUCCAUCCCUCCCGCCACGACCCCCUUUCCGCGCUUGGUUGCCAAGCCUAACCUUGCCCGCGUGGUCAUGGGAUGUCUAAUUUCAUUUGUAUCUAGGCUGCUGAGAGCGCUCCUUGCUCUAUAAAGUGGAUGUCAGGUGGAUCUAUGUUUUUGAAGGAACAAAGACUCAGCGAACGCACCGCCGAGGAAGUUUGAGACGCGGGAGGAUGCAGGCUACGUGCUGGUACGUGCUUCUCCUCUUGCAGCCCACCGUCUACUUGGUCACAUGUGCCAAUUUAACAAACGGUGGAAAGUCAGAACUUCUAAAAUCAGGAAGCAGCAAAUCCACACUAAAGCAUAUAUGGACAGAAAGCAGCAAAGACUUGUCUAUCAGCCGACUCCUGUCACAGACUUUUCGUGGCAAAGAAAAUGAUACAGAUUUAGACCUGCGAUAUGACACCCCAGAACCUUAUUCUGAGCAAGACCUCUGGGACUGGCUGAGGAACUCCACAGACCUUCAAGAGCCUCGGCCCAGGGCCAAGCGAAGGCCCAUUGUUAAGACGGGCAAGUUUAAGAAAAUGUUUGGAUGGGGUGAUUUUCAUUCCAACAUCAAAACAGUGAAGCUAAACCUAUUGAUAACUGGGAAAAUUGUAGAUCAUGGCAAUGGGACAUUUAGUGUUUAUUUCAGGCAUAAUUCCACUGGUCAAGGGAACGUAUCUGUCAGCUUGGUGCCCCCUACGAAAAUAGUGGAAUUCGACUUGGCACAGCAAACCGUGAUUGAUGCCAAAGAUUCCAAGUCCUUUAAUUGUCGCAUUGAAUAUGAAAAGGUUGACAAGGCUACCAAGAACACACUCUGCAACUAUGACCCUUCAAAAACCUGUUACCAGGAGCAGACCCAAAGUCAUGUGUCCUGGCUCUGCUCCAAGCCCUUUAAGGUGAUCUGUAUUUACAUUUCCUUUUAUAGUACAGAUUAUAAACUCGUACAGAAAGUGUGCCCCGACUACAACUACCACAGCGACACACCUUACUUCCCCUCUGGAUGAGGAUGAAUGUAGGGGUGAGACUGAAGCCUGAGGAAUUCAAGGUCACAUGACAGGGCUGUUACCUCAAGAGGAAGGUCCCAUCUGUUGCCUGGAAUGUGUCUACACUGCUGCUCUCGUCAACUGGCUGCAAAUACGCUCGUGGAAAACAAUCUGAUGUAAUUUCUGCCCAGUCAGCUUCAUCUCUCAGUAUAGUUGUAAAUCACCACAGAUUCUAAAGCCACACUUGAAGACAUGCUCUCACACAUAGAUGUACACAGACACACUCUCAUAUACAUUUCAGCUGGCAUCCGUCAUGAUUCUUGUCAAGAGGGCUUUCGUUGUCUGACUCAUAAUGGUUCAGGAUAAACGAUCAUCAAGCAAAAGGAUUAACUAGACAGUGAAUGGUUUUUAGCACUUGCUGUUAUGGAAAUCUCCUUUAAAGUCUUGAGUACAUGCUAAUCAAUAAUCCCCACUCAUGCAUUUCUACUGCUUGGAGUAGCUGUACUGGUAAAUACUACUGUAGGAGUAUAUGCUUGUUAAAAUUGGAAAAAAAAAUGUGUCUUUAGAGCUCAGUAUUCUUUAUUUUAUGAACACAACAAGUGUAGUAACUUUUUCCAGCAUUCAGUAGGCACAUUCAAGGUGAUACAAGAUGGCUCUUUUUUCUAUGGAGGGAGCCUGUUCUCAGUAAAGAUGAGCAAACAUUUGGAAUUUACACGUGGGCAGACACUGGAUUACAGCUUUCAUCACCAAUCAUUGGACUUUUGCAAAGUUGAGACCAGCUAAGUUGCUUAAAAUAAGUUCUGAUCAUUAUAUAAGAAGGGAAAUGCCUGACAGACACCAUGUAAGUUAUGUGUCUGUCUUAUCUUUACUACACAUAUUGUAACAAAUUCAAUAUCCUAGUCUUCAUUUGUAUGAAUGGUUUGUAUUGUACAUAGUUUAACCAAGUGUUAUUUGAGCUGCUUAUUAAUAUUAACUAUGUACUUGUCUCUCUGCUUGUUAUUGGUUAAAAAAGAAAAAAAAAGGAUAUGAGGAAUCCAUUCUAUCAAUGUAGCUGUGAACCCCAUUAAAAAGACAAACUUAAUGUACAAAGCAUUUAUUCAGCUCAAGUAUUGUUGACAGCUAUACAUAUACAACAUUACAGUCUGUCUGUAUUUAGAUAUUUUAUUUCUGGACAAAUGAAAUGUACAUAAAAAUAAAAUGCUUAAAUUUGAGUUUCAAUA